UUGUUUUGAGACACCUUGAAGAACUUUGGAUCUCUAUAAUGUCAUGUCACUAUGACUUUGGCUACGAGUCAGAGUCCGACUCUCAGUCUAGUAAGGAGGAGCCUGACUCUGUUUUAGAUUGUGACUAUGGCCAUGUGUCUGGCUGUGACUCUGACUCUGAAGACCAAUCUGAAGAGUCCAGAGAGGUGGGUCUCACACUCUUCAUAGAGCCCACACCCUCCCAGCCAUCCUCUCCUGGUCUCUCUGGCCAAUGCCAGUGCUGUGCACUGACCAGGAACGAGACCGUGACCCAGGCUGAGGUGGAACAAGCUGAGGUGGAACAGGCAGUGACCACGCUCCUGGAGGUCAUUGAGGCCAUGGUGGGCGAGCACCAUGAAAAGUCCCAGAGCUCCAGCCUUGAGAUCCCUAGAGGGCCUGACUGUGCCCUUGCCCCUGUGGUGGUGUCACCAUGGAUCACCUGGUUCAGGAGCAUGGAUUCAGCCACAGUAGGGACUGAACCAGUCAGCUCCCAGUCAGAGAACUCACCCUCCAAGAGAGGGGGAUCAGAGGAGGACACCUCUAUGAUGCCAAGCAUCUCCAGAAAGAGAGCCACUGAAUCGGACACUUCUGGUUGCCCAGGAGGCUUUCAGCCAGAGGGCCUGCUCUCCAAGAGGAAGAGAAGGUCAGAGGACACUGACAGUUUCCUUGUCCCUAUGAUGCCACCAUGGGUUCCCUGUAUGAGGACGAGGGAGCUCAACCCUUCUAGUUGCAUAUCCUGGAUGAAACUGAAGAGGUCAGAUGACAGCAGAGACAGUGUGACAAGUGUUACCCGGAAGAGAACACGGGAAUCAGCCUCCUUGUCCAAGAAGUUCUGAAUCUCAGGGAACCAAUCGGAGGGUCUGAUGAAGAUAGGGAUUAAAUUCAACUUCCAUCAACCAAUCUCCCCAAACCUUUCAGGUAGUCAUGGUG